AUGUCCAAUUUAAUACAGAGACGGACGAGUAAGGUUGAAGCCGUGGCAAUCAGGUUUGCUUUUGUUUCUGCCGAGGAUGGAACAAUCAUUAUAGGCAUACUGUCAAAGAUUGAUGUGUUUAUUUUAGACCAGUUUGUUGCAGGUUAUGAUACAGGAUGGGAUAUGGCUCCUUACAUUAAGGCAAUUGAUUUCCAACAGUUCUUUUACUUCAUUAGUUUGGCUGAGGCUGCUGCAUGGGAUUUUGUAAAUGAAAACAAAAUUGAGAUGGUUGUUAUUAACACAACAAUGGUUGCUGGACAUCUGUUACAACCAGAGGUUAAAGAAAGUGUUCAACCAAUUCAAGACAUAAUAAAUGCUAGCGGAAGAUAUUGUUUGUUAGAGAGAAUGGUACACUGUUUACAACUUGCUAAGAUUUUACAUGAUCUGUACCAAACAUUACAAAUUUUAGACAAUUGUGAGGAUGAUGAGCCAUACAUGCCAUUGUAUCAGUUUUCUAAGGAAAAGAUUAACAGUUUGGGAAUCGAGUUUAUUCCUUUAGAAGAUAAGUAA